AUGCCCGCAACAGCGUCCCGUGCUGUGCUCCGGCAAUCGCAGUUCCUGGCCCGAAGGGCCGCUGUCAGGAACGCUUCCUCCACGUCCGAAGCUGCCUCCAAGGCUAGUGAGGCUGCAUCUUCAGCGGCUUCUAAGGCGUCUGAGGGUCUUUCUCGCGUCUCUUCGUCCGCUGGUCCGGCGCUCACCAAUGCUGCCAACGCCCUGAGGAAGAUCGGUGGAAGGACCGGAAAAGUCAUCUCCUUUGUCGACUCCAUGAUACCCCCUACCGUCUACUACGCGAAGGUCGGACUUGAACUCGGCAAGUUGGUUUUCCGCGGACAGAACAUGACACCCCCGAGCCUGGCCACCUUCCAAUUAUAUUUCCAGCCUCUGACUAAUGCUUUCCGCAACCCUGCCGCACUCAAAAGCCUCAAAUUCUCCCCCCAAGAUAUCUUGACUCGUGUUCGCAGUGCCAACAAGAAGGAGAUUGCUUUGGCAGGCGUUACUGCUGCGGAGGUUAUUGGAUUUUUCACCGUUGGUGAGAUGAUCGGAAGAAUGAACAUUGUUGGCUACAAGGGGCACCCUGAGCAUCAUGGUGACCACUAG